AUCUACGUUUUCAAAUUGCAUACAGUUCUGAGGCGUGGCGGGGUAACGUUACACAUUAAGAUGUUUCGGGUUCGCGCGAUUCUAUUUCGGAAUUGGUGAUAAAUCAGAGAAACGUCUAAUCACCUCGAAUUAAGCGGGUUCACUCUGGCCGCUGCCGCCAUCUUUGUUUGGGGGCACCAGGCCGCCGCAGGGUCUCGCAGAUAAACCCAGGGCUUACAUACUUUCCUAUUAGACACGGGUUCCGAUUGUUAUCGAUGUUCAUAUCGUUUCAACGCACUUUAGCCGAAGUUUGCGUGAAUUUACAGGCAGUAAUGAACUGAAUGACAAAUCAAGGCCGCCAUCUUUGUGCGGGGCGCGAUUGUUUCCUAUUCGCUCCGCCGGGUGUAACCUCGCGAAUCCCGUUCUACUGUCGCAGAAAGCUUUCAGCGACCUGGCGUUACUCUUUGAAAUACUUUGGGCCAGCUUCUGUACCUAAACCGCUCUCCAGUCCAAUUAAAUGAGAGCGCUCGCCAUUUUUCAAAGGGGCGCGGGCGGACUAUGUCCCACAAUGCUCGCUGAGCGGCCAUCUUUGUGCGGGGCACGGGGCUCUGCUGGCGGAAUGGCCGUGUCUCUGCGUUUAAAUUGGAGUUUGCGGGUCGGGGUGAAGUAAUUGAAGCGUUUUCCGGGCAUUAUUUGUAGCUGUCGGGUGCUAAGGGCUGUGGUAUUUGUCCCGGGAGGAGGGGGCUGCAGGGUUUGCCCCUCUGCAUCCCACAGUUCCCGGGGCGAGUGCACGGAUGUAGACGGUGGACGAUGGCGGCGCCCAGGGCAGCGGACUCCCCGAGUCGGAGCUGGCCGAGCGCGGCGGCCGAUGCCUCGCUCCAAAUCGUCGCUCCCACCUGGACAGAAGUGGCGGGCGACCCUGCCAGCGAGCCUCCCACCCCCAGCUGGAGCAGCGGGGCGGUGGAGAACCCGGCCCCCAGCCCGAGCCGGCCGCCCGCCUGCCGCGGCAUCUCCUGGACCCCGGCCGAGACCAACGCGCUGAUCGCAGUGUGGGGCGACGAGCGGCUGCAGGACGUGCUGGAGGGCAACCUGCGCAACUCGCACAUCUUCGACAGGAUCUCGCAGGCCCUGCGGGAAAUGGGCUACGAGAGAAGCGCUAACCAGUGCAAGGAGAGGAUAAAGACUCUGAAGAGGUGCUAUAGUCGAGUGAAGGAAAGAGGUCGUGGUAAGAGAACCUGUAACUAUACGUUUCAACAGCUGGAGCAGGUCUUUGGACGCGUGCCUGUCGUGUGGGAACCACACGCCUAUCAGCCUGUCCUUAUUGACAGCAGUGGACUCUACCAGGACACAAAACCAGUCACUAUUAAUCUGGAAGAAAGCCGGGAAGCUCAGCCAACAGAGUUGCAAGAUUGCAGAAACGAAAAACCAGAUUUGCUCAUCAAGCAGGAGGUGCUUAUGAAUCCGAGGCCGGAACUGCAGGUCUACCAGAGGCAGGAUCUCGCUGUGUACCAGGACGCAGAUCAGGAUGUAGAAGAAAUGAAUUUUGUAAAGAAGAAGCCGGAAGCACGGCAUGAUUCCACAGAAAAUAUGCAGAAGCCAGAGAUUGUGCAGGCUCUCAUGGCACUAUUAGACUUAGUUCAGCCAAGGUGGCAGGAUUUCCAAAGUUUCGACGAUCUCAGCAGUACAUACUUCGCAAAUAAACUUGGUAUCUUCGCCAUUGGUUAUAAUACGAGAUGGGUAGAGGACAUACGAUACCAUUACACAGAAAUCAGCUCCCAAGUGCCGGUUGGAAAGAGACUGAAGGAAUAUUUAAGUCCCGAAAAGCCAGAGGGCAAAGUGAUAUCUGGUAAGCGUCAGAAAAUGAACUGGAAGAAAGUAUAUUAUAAGAUUUUUGAGAUCACGAAAAGUGAGGCGCGUUGUCUCGAGCUGCACUUUGCUUUUGAAUGGAUACCCAUCGCACUUUCCCGAGCAGCCAAUGACAACAUUGUACAAUAUCUGCUUCCGGGCGGGAUCCCGGAUACCAACGGCCUCUACGUCAUUGGCUGCGAAGAGGCAGAGGGCGAGGUUUUCUCCCCACGGCGAGAUUACGGGAUUAGGGUGUUGCCGAGGGUUUCCCUGCAGCACGAUUCUGGCAGCACCACUGCAGGACCAUCGCUUUUGGAGAACGAUCUUAACCAAGGCAGUGCGAUGAAGUCAAAAAUCUGCUACUGUUAUCUCGGUGUGGCAGAGGAGAAAACCAUUUGUCAGUGUAUACUGCAACACUUUCAACCACCUGUCAAGAUGCUGGCCGUGGAGACAUGUACCAUCAACGGCUUCCUUUCUGAAAACUGCCAACCAGGAGCCAGCUCCAGAUCUAUUUACAUCAAAUUUAUAGAAGUAGAAAAAGAGUAUCUCUCUUCAGGCUGCGUGCAAGAGUGUUUGGAAAAAGCCAUGGGGUAUUCGUUACGGUUCACAAAGUAAACUCCAACCACAGCCAAUGUAUUCAAUUAUGAUGUGCAAAGAUUUCUGCCUGGUCACAUUUAGAGCUUAAUAAUGUCAGGGUUUUGAUUUUAAAGCUUCCCACAUUCGCUGUACUUGAUGGGUUUCAAUACCAUAAUGGCUGAGAGCGAAGAUGAAGAAAAGAAAUCGAGCCACUUUGGUCAAAACUGGAUGGAGUGGAAGUGCGAGACAGGAGCUGAAAUGGUGAUGGAGUUUGGAGUCAGUCUGUUCUGUGGAAUAUAAGCUCAACUCUGGAAUGUGGAAAGCCUUAAAAAGGCUUUAAGGUCUUGGUUACAGUCCAGAUGAUGCACAGUGUACUCUGUAGGUCAAUCAGUUUACAGUUGAGGACAAGAAUGCAAGCUGUGAGCAUACCUACAUGUUACACUGUGGCGGUAUAUUGGGAAGCAUGCUUUACUUGUAUUGUGAGGUCUUGGCCUUGCCCAACAUUCAAGCCGACCUGUCACUUUGGUGGUGAUUUCAUUGGUUUGCAGGCCAUGUCACCAAUUGAGUAACAGACAAGUAUUUCAGUCUGGGCGUAACGUCUAAAAGGCGAGAGGGAAAGAUGGAAUGGAAAUGGGAUUUGACUGUGCAAGCACGCCUUUUCUACUGAAAUUAUCGUCGAACUAAUGAGGAAGAAAUCUCUGGUUCCUUUUUCUAUUGUUCAGAAGCUGCUCUGGAGUAGCCUCAGUUGGCCAAAGUGUUAAUCUGAUCUUCCUCCUUUGAUAAAAUAUAACCUGACUGUUAUCAAAAACAUAGUUCAGAUAACCUCAUUUUGUACGGAUCCUAACCAAGCUCCAACCUACUCAGCUGCACUUGUUCUGGCUCAUAAACUGAUGUGCACAGUGCCUUUGAAAAUAUCCUGGGUUUGAUUUGAGCGCACACUGAACAUUUUGGCCAGGGUGGGUAAAUGCAGUGGUAGCAGAUGGCCAAGUUUGUGAAGGAUUGGAGUCAGGGUGGUGGUGGGGGUGUGCGGUCAAACCCUUAAUGAGGAGAAUCCUAGUUCAACCUACUCCAUUAUGAUCUCCUAAGUUUAUUGAUCAUGGUGUCUAAAAUAACCAGGUGUGUUGCAUCAACCAUUUCUACCUGGACUAUUUGAAAAUCAGUGAUCAGACCCACCCUUGACAUGUACUGAUAACAUUUACUAACUUUACAAAGGGUGCAGGCAGCGCCUUUUUGAACGAGGUUCAAGGCGAAGCUUCCAUAAAUUUCUACCUUCAAUUAUCCUUUAAAAUAAUCAUAAAAUUCUACAAUUUUCUUUUUCAAUUAGCUUAUGAACUUGAGUGAGAGCUGUUGCUGUACAAUCAGAAAUAAAGCACCAGGCAGUUUAAGAGAAGUUCCUACCCAAGCUAUCUUUCAUAAGUAGUUAAACAAGCUAAGAAACGGUGCAAAGCACUGGAGUAACCCAUCGGGUCAGGGAGCAUCUCUGGAGAACAUGGGUGGGUGAUGUUUUAGGUCAGGACUCUUCUUAAAGACUUAUGCAAACCUGAACAAGCUACUCUUGUGACUGGGUUUGUGGAUCUGCACAGCAUAGUAUUAUCUAUUGUGGUCUUGAACAUUUCGACUAGAUUUUGCAACAGGUCAGUGGACACCCGUGAGAUGGUGGAAGCUGGAACUUCAGUGUUGCGGUGUGCUAUGAAUUAGAUUCGCUAUAAUUGUGUGAAAUGAAGGCACUUUAUUUCCCAAAAUAGAUUUUGGUAUAAAUUCAUUGCUAAUGUUCUCCGUAUAAAGGUAGGUCCAAUGAAACCAUUGUUUCCAAGUUAAUAUUCCAAACAAUUAAAAAUAAUGGCCAUUUCCAUCUUAUGCCAUUGUUUUUCACCUUUUAAGUUGUAGUACUAUAGACAAUAGGUGCAGGAGUAGGCCAUUCGGCCCUUCGAGCCAGCACUGCCAUUCAAUGUGAUUGCCCCUGUUGAAUUAUUAGUGGAACGUGAAUGGCUUGAAACAUGUAAUAUAGCGAGCCUUUGAUAUUUUAAAGACUCAAAACUAAGGAAUAACAGCUGCUGUCACAGUUCAGACCUUUCAGGCCAGCUAAGUUUACUGGAGUGAGCUGUGAAGCUAUAACUAGCUUUAACCCCAAUCCAAGUAUUUCAAAUCAAGUAUAAUCUUACUUUGUCGAAUACAUUCUCCCUAGUGUAAAAAGGUUGGGAAUCUAUAACUUCAUGGCAAAAUCCCCAGUGCACUGUUGAGUGCAUAAUGCUGGAGUAACUUUAAAAUUUCAGAUAUAUACUAUUUUCUGUUGAUAGCCCAUGGCAGACAGAACCAAGUGGGAAAUGUGCUCAUAUUUUCAAAAAUACAGCAAAAUAAAUUAAAAUCUUCCUCAUGUAAUUUUCAGGGUAAUAGUGGAACACCAGAGAUUGCUAAUCUCUCUUUUCCACCAGUUUAAAUAAAAACACAUGAAAGACACUGAGUUGGUUUGCUUCUAGAGAUUCCAAAGCACUACCAAAUAGAUGAGAAACUUUCCAGAUUUACUCUCCCAUCUGUGCUUUUACAAUAUGGAGAUAGCAGGUAUUACUUUGUGCUUUGAAGUAAAUAGACUAUCAUGCAUUCUAUUUCUGUUUGCUGCUGAGAAUUACACAUUGGCCCAUUAUACUUACAGUCCAUACCUUUUCAGGCUGGGUCAUGUCAACCUUGUAUCUUCCCCUCUUUUGAGCAGCCACUCGCUGUUUGGAGUUGCACACUACGGGCCAAGAUAAUGAAAGUUAUCCAGACUUGUGUCAGACUUCACGAGCUGGUACCUUUGGCAAUAUAUAUAGAAGUAUAUAGCAAAAAGCUUUAAGUAUUUUAGGCCAUUUAGUCUGAACAGUCAUGGUGGGAACAUUGAUGUUUUGGCAGGCUGGGAUUUGUCCCUGUAAAUAAUUGCAUUUUGGAUUAUCGUAUGCAAAAUAGUAAGAGAUCGGUCCUGUUAUUAUCCCCACGUUGAAAAGAGUUCAAUGUGCUAAUUGUAUUCCUUUCCAGUCUUGGCUGGUGCAUUACCAAUGCAACUCGUUAUUUUUUUUUUUGUUUUAUCUAAUCUGGCUUUGACUUCCUGACGUGAUUUUUUUUAAGAAGCAGUGCCACAUUGUAGUCACAAUGCAACAGUUUUAAUGUCCGAUGUGCCUUGUUAAACAGGAGCAUUAAAGAUAACUGAGACCAAUAAACCAAUCUGACAACUAAAUUUGCAAAUAAACCCCUAAUUGUACUAAACCCAAUCAAACAAAAUAGUACAAACUAUCAAUGUCCAAUGCUUUGAAAUUUUACAAGAAGAGAGGAAAUGCAUUCAUCGGAGUUGUCCUGCAUCAUUUAUCGUUAUAAGAAUAAACGAGUGAUAUGCAGAGUUUUCGUGAGAUUUCAUAAUGUUUAUAUCUGAAACAUAGUUCGUGGGAAACUUUGCAAAGUUGGACAUUCACUAUCUUUUAAUUAGGAUUUGAUUCCCAACUUACUGAUCCUGAAUAAAAUGCACCUUAUGAUUUGUGGAUGUCUGUCUAACUUAAAUCAAGCUAUCUUCCUUUCAGAACCAGAUUAGUGCAUAGAUUUGAUGCAGUUUUGCUUGAAGCAGCAUGCCUCUCGUACCUUCUCCUCACUAGUCCUGAUGCUGACUGUUACUUGGUGUGAUUCUGCAGGUGGAAGUGGCCUUCUGGUAUCUUGCAUAAUUUUGGUUUUGGUACUUAAACAUUGAAUGCUGGCACAUUAUACAAGACAACACGGCAAGUGUUGCAAAAAAACUCACAUCACCUGCUCACAGAAUCUUGCUUUCCUAAGGUGUCACUGGAUAAUGAUCAAGAACAUUUACAUUCAUUCAGUUCCACAUCGAAGGGCAUUGAAACCAAUAGCUUUUGCCCAGGAUAUUAGCUAAUGAAAUACAGCUCAGGAAUUUUGUGGUGUAUAAAGUUUAGCACUAUACUGGAUGGUAUCCUUAACCACAAGAUUAUUGGGGGGGGCUUCCAAGUUUAUAUUAGACUAGAAGAUCUCUCCAGUCUCCUUCUUUUGGAAAUCAUUAAAUGUUUAAUUCUGCUCUCUUCAUCAGCUAUUCUGUUAACUUUUAAUUAGAUCUGUGAUCCUUCUGUUAAGGAAAGCAUUGAAUGAUUGUGCAUCUGUAUCCUAGUUUCUAAGUGCUGGUGACAAGUUUCAUGAAUCUAUAACUUGGGCAGUCUGCAAACAUUCCAAUCCCACGACAAAGUGCUGGACUGUUUUGUGCGUAGCUUUCGACCAACCUAUAAAGGCACGGAUGCUUAGCCUCCUGGACCUGCAAUUACAGAGUGGAUCUUUCAUUGUUUUAUUGGGCACGCUGUUUGAAAACUUGCCUCGGUGUGACACUGAGGCAGCGUUGUACAAGCAUUCAAAUAUAUCAGUUUUGAGCACUCCCUGAUUUACAUAGGACCACUGCAAUUCCCAUAUAAUUGAAGACCAAAUGAAACAGUCAGCAACACAACACUGGAGAAAAUCCCCAGAGCAACCCACUGUUCUGUGCAUUGACCAACCAGGUAGGCUGAACUGUAGAAUUCUUAGUAUAGACACUGUUGAUCAGAAAAAGAUGAAGAUAUAGCUAGAAGUAACUUUAAACAAAAACAAAUGUUUUUUUUUACAUUUUUGUUUUGAUUUUUCCCAAAGUUUUAUUUCCAAUGUUUUUCUUUGCUGUAAGUGGACAGUACAAAGCUUUGAUUGUAAACAGGGCAGUCAUUCCUCUUGUGUUGCUGACCAAUGAUGCACAUGGACAGUAUGACAGCCAGAUCAGGACAUGGUGUGAAGACAUUUCAUCAGCGUGCAGCUGAACCUUGCACUAAUGUCCAAGUAACCACAUUUAGUGGUGGUAUUAAAACCUAAUGUUGAAUUUGCAACGAGUAAAAGUAAUCACAGAAUGGCAACGUGUUUCUUUCCAUUUUUUUCUCAACUGAAAUAUUAUGUCGUAUUUAUCCCUGCUGUUAUUGAUUAUAUUGUAAUACUUUAUGAAAUGAUUUAUCCUUCAAGGAAAAAAAUAUGGCAUCACUGCUGACUAGCAAAUGCUUGAGACUGAAAAAUGUGUAUGGUAUGGAUUAGAAUGUUGGUUCCAACAUUUUUUUUGAUUCACAUUAUUGAGGUAUAUAAUCCUCUCUCACUGCCCCCAGCAAUGAACUUUGGGGAUUUUCCAUUAUUUUCAAUGGAAACUCCUAGUGGCUCUGGGCUGCUUUGGUGAGAUAUGUCUUGUACUCUCUUGAUGCAGCAUUAAGCUAUAAAUUAUUAGAUAUUAAAGAUCAUUAUGACUUUAUCAACUCUGUGUGUGGAUGCCUUAUCUAAUGAAAGAGACCUUUCAGAUUUUGAGCACUAGAAGUAAUAAGGAUUUAUUUAAAAACAUUACGGGGCGCACUCUAUAACACCUGGACCGCAAUCACAAGAUGUUUCUGUACUGGGAAUUGGUUGACGAGCUGAUGGAGAUGGAAAAACUGGCAGUGACUGAUACACAGGAGUGGCUAUGACCAAGCCCACCUGCUAUCCUGUCACUAUGGAUGAAUGUGAAUCGGAGAAGGGAUUCUGCUAUUCGAGCUGUUUCAUCGUACUUGUAGGUCAGACCAUGUGCAUCUUGACUCCACAUCACUCGGCUGUUUAUCCCUAAACAGUUGUGCUAGUUAUUAUUAUCAAUUGGACUAGAGGAACAACUUAAAGUUAUAGAAUUUGAGCUUGAAGAGAUGCACUGACAUGGCUAAAUCUAAGCAUUUUUGACAUCAUUCCCUAAUUUGAUUGAUAUCUGCCCCUUCCCUCCACCCAAUAAAUAUUAUUUUCUAUACUCAUAAUGAUGGUGAUUCUGCUCCAUCCUCCCACAGCUCAUUAUCCAAAUCGAGCUAUAUUUUAUGUAAUGGGUGAUCAAACUUUUGCACACAUCAGUUCAUUGACCUUAGGUGGAUAAAAAUGCUGGGGAAACUCAGCGGGUGAGGGUGCAUCAAUGGAGCGAAGGAAUAGGUGACGUCUCGGGUCAAGGCCCUUCUUCAGAAGUUUGUUGUCCUUGCUACAUUGAUGCAAGGCACCUUAAAUUACUUUCUCCCUGGUUCUGAGUUUCUUAAUAUGUAAAAUUGGAACAUAAGGCUACCAGUGCUCUGUUUUCCAAUGAACUCUGCCAGAGGAAAAAAAAAUAUUAGGUUGCUCUGUGACACAACAGGUAGAAUCGCUGUCUCACAGUGCCAGAGACCCAGGUUCAAUAAAAGCUUCGGGUGCUGUCUGUGAUGCAUUCUCCCUGCAUGAAUUUUCUGCGGGUGCCCUCAUUUCCUUUCAUAAUUCAAAACUCUGCGAGUUUGUAGAUUAAUUGGCAUUUGUAAAUUUGCUGCAAAUGUGUAUCGAGUGGACGAGAAAGGUGGGAUAACAGAACUAAUGUGAAUGGGGAUCGAUGGUCAACAUGGAUUCACUGGGCUGAAGGGCCUGAUUUGAUGCUAUUUAAAUUAAACUAAACAAAAUGGUUUGUCUUUCUUGGGCCCAAUCAUACUUUUGCACAUUGAACUCCAUCUGACAUUAGCUUUGCCCUCCAAUGUGUUCUUUCCUUGUCGAUCUGCAACUUUGAUCUCAUCUACACUAAUUAGAGCUACCUAUCUUAGUGGUGUUAGUAAAGUUCAAUGAAUUUAAAUGCUCUUCAAUCCUUCAAGUAAUUACAUUUUAAACUGUUACAUGUAAACCGCUGAUUGUGAUCAUUGUCUCUGCGCGCUAUAGAUGAUAGAAAUGUAACAGACCACCAAAAAGUCUGGCAAAUAUGUUUAUUAGAUGGCUUCAGACUAUUACAUCACUUGGAUAUUUCAGGCACCACAACAUUGCUCUUGUAUUGCUAUGUAUUCUCUGUUCAGCUUGGUCACAUAAUCACAUGAAAUUGUAGUUUUCAGUGUCAACGGGUUUCAAAAUGAUCCCUGUUCUUAAAUGAGUUCUUUGCACUGAUUUGUUCUGUCCUCUGAUUUGCUAUUUUCUGGUUACGAAGGGAGUUGUCAGAGCCAAGGUUUUGUUCACUGGGCUGAUUAUCCCUUCCCAGCAACAGAAUCUUUGCACAACAAUAGGUUUUCUGCCUAUACUAGAAUGCAAUUUGUGGCCUGACAUCUAAGUAGCGAUGAUAAUCCCCUUCUAUGUUGUCAAUCAACAGAUUAUUUGCUUUAUCUGGGUUAAAAAUGAUCAGAUGCAAUCAAAUUUUGCUAACAUUUUGCUAACUUGGGCAACUCAAAGAAAUAUUUUCCAGUCAAUAAGAUCCUUAAUUAUCCACCAACUAAUAAGAGUUCAGUACAACUUGCUACAGCAGUAGUACAAUUUUCAUUUUUAAUUCAGUUUUAGCCCUUUCUGACCCCAUAUAAUUGGUUAUUAUGUGUUUUCUCCUGAAUAGGGUUUUGACUUAAUUCAUAAUUUAUAAUCUUAAUUGCAAUGAAAGCUAAUACAUAUUUUUCAUUAUCCUUGCUCUUACUUCAACACCAUGCUUUUUGACAAUAAGAAUAUAUUAAGGGAGGUUUUAGAGAGGU